AUGACAGCGUCGAGAUAUCGAGCACGCAAGCAAAAGGUCUUCCGGUCCGUUUUUCAGACCGACGUUUCAUCACCCACGCCUCGCUCAACGCCCAUCGCUACCUUCACGGAUCAAGGCGCUGCCUUUGGAGGUCCCCACGCGUUGUCAUCUCAACAUGCUCCUCCCCCACCACCACCACUCUUUCAUGAGACUCUCGAUCAUGCUGAUGACCAAGUGAGGUGGGACCGGGCAUGGCAUACCGUCACUUCCAAGAUACAGCUGCCUACUUCUGUGGCCGUCGAAGACUCCUUUGGGACCUUGCCACCAGAGUCGCAAGAGGUUGACUUUGGUGUUCGUGAUUCUAUCGUCCUGCUUCUCGACUCUGCCCGUUUGUUGCCUGAGGCGACUCACACAGAAGACAUUCUACUAUGGCAUACGCAUCAAGUACGCCAACACUUUGUUCACCAUGUUAUGCCCCUGCUGGCUGCAUGUGCCAGCCAGGACGACCAGACACAAGUUUUGCUUUCGAGCAUCUCAACCCUUGAGGCAGCUCAUAGACAGUAUCACUGGGGGUUGACUCUCAUUAUACAAGGCUACGAGGACGGCACUUCCUCAAACGCAGCAUUCUCAAAAUUCUGUCGAGAUCUGCAUGCUAUUAUAGGCAAUUCUCUAAACCAAGGCCUGACGGAUGCUCUGACCAGUGUCCUGCGACGCCUUAUCCAUCUUAACCUUGGCAUAGGGAAGCGUUAUGAUGUAUCUACAUCAGGCUUAGAGUCGCAAGGAGAUGAUUCGGCAGCCCGCAAAGAGCUGUUGGGUCUCUUAGAAUCCCUAAAAAACGUUGGUCUAGUAGGGGAGAAGUUCCAGGUCCUGUUUGCAGAAAUCAUGGAUGCUAGCAUGAAUGACUUCAUUCGGAUAUCAUACUCAGGGGUUUGGGGAGUUCCAGAGCACUCGAUGACGCCAUCCGCCAGUAUCUCUUCUGGUUGUCUAGGUCAUCUUUCAGAAUGGGUCGAGAAUCAAUAUGGGCGUCUCGCUGUCGAAGUCUUCAGCCGCCUCGAAACGCACAUUGCGUGGAGUGAUGUUGAGUGCUGGAGGAAUAUUGCGAUAGGACGUCUUGCAAUACUACGAAUUCAGGAACUAUUUGACAUUGCCUUGGAGUGGCCUGGGAGUAGAGGUGGCCUUGAAGAUCUUCGUCUUGCCGUCACAACACCACAACGUCGUCUUCAACUGACUGACGCCUUCUCCGCGGCCUUACAGAAGCGACUCCUCCAUCCCGGAAGGUCGACCUCUGAUAUCCUUCAAACGUACAUCUCCAUGAUCCGGACGUUCCACGUCUUGGACCACUCUAAAGUCCUCCUUGACCGUGUCGUUCACGCUCUGCAGUUGUAUCUCUGUCAAAGAGACGAUGCUAUUCGAAUCGUUGUUGGUGGACUGCUUUCCAACCCCAGCGAUGCCGAAACAGAAGAAGGAAAAGCAAACUUGGCAGAGCUAGCAGUACUGCUUAACGUGGCCUCCCAGCAACAGAGGCGCCAGGUUGAGGAUGGGGAUCUUGAUUGGAACGAUAUGACCUGGGUUCCUGACCCCGUGGACGCAGGUGUGAACUACAAGAGACCAAGAAACGAGGACGUCAUCGGCACUCUCAUCAAUGCACUUGGUUCUCAGGAUAUCUUUAUCAAAGAGUUCCAGCUGAUUAUCGCGGAGCGACUCCUCUCAGAUCAGGCAACGUUUCUACAAGAGACGAAGGUGUUGAGCCUUCUCAAGAAACGGUUCGGUGAGAGUGCUCUACAAAACUGCGAUGUCAUGAUGAAGGAUAUCCAAGACUCGAAGAAAGUCGAUGCAGUUCUGGGCAGGAACAUCCGGCAACCCUCGAGCGAUCCGGGGACACCUGUCUAUCAUUCCAAGAUCCUAUCACGACUAUUCUGGCCUAGUCUACCCAAAGAGCCGUUCACAGUACCGGCGCCUGUCACGGAAAUGCAAAAGAGAUAUGAGCAAGGAUUUGAACGGCUCAAGACAUCACGUAAACUCAACUGGCUGGACCAGCUGGGUUCGGCAACUGUCAAGCUCGACUUUGAAGAUCGGUCAGUGGAGCUCGAAUGCAAGACAUACGAAGCUGCAGUCAUCUACGCAUUUCAGGAUGAAAACAAUGAAGGCGAGUCUGGUCCUACACAGCGGACUUUCGACGGGAUAUGGCAACAACUCAUGAUCGAUGAAGAUCUUCUUGUGCUUGCCCUCAAAUUCUGGGUCUCUAAGCGCGUGAUUCGUGAUAUCGGCAAUCGAACCUAUGUGGUGUUGGAGAAACUUGACGACGCAAAUGAGGCUGGAGACGCAGAUGCGCCCGACGAUAGUCACGAUGCUGACAGUGGCCAACCGUCUCCACGCAAGCCCAAGAUCGAUUCAAAGGACCAAGAGCGGCGCACCGUGUACUGGCAAUUUAUCGUGGGCAUGUUGACAAACUCAGCACCAACUAUGCCGCUUGCCCAGAUGUUGAUGAUGAUGAAGAUGCUGAUUCCCGACGGCUGUCCGUGGACUAAUGAGGAGCUGCAAGAGUUUCUGGCAGAAAAGGUGGCGGAGAAUAAGUUGGAGCUAGCUGGCGGGAAGUAUCGUUUGCCCAAGAAAUGA